GGAUAGCACGUGACUAAACCUUCUUCAGUGUAUAUGUUUUGUGGCUCAGAUGUUCCUAACCUAAAAAAUUGUUUACAUUAUUUGUGAAUUGAUAAACAUUAAACAUGUUUUAAAUCGCCCUAUGGACUUGCUUUUAAUUGCAUAUCCAUAUUAAAUUUUUUUUAAGUGCAAUCGAAUAAUAAGCGUUCUAUAACCCUGGAAUUGUGCUAUCUUUCUAAUUUCACACCAAUUUUAAGGCCCAUUUCAUUGGUUUGAUCACAAAAUAAUAUAGGUAUUUGGAGAACAGAAUGAACUCUGCGAAAAAGCUGUACCAGUCUUUAAAUAUAGCUGGCUCUCUCGCUUUGGCUGUCUUCAUACCUUGGAUUGUUUUCAAAGUAUUCAGAGCUGUACGCCUUCAAAAAAAUUUGAAUGAGUUAGUAGGGAAGAUAGUUGUUAUAACAGGUGCAAGCUCUGGCUUAGGAAAGGCUCUAGCCCAUGAGUUCUACAAACAUAGAUGUCAAGUGGUGCUAUGUGCUCGUAGAAGACAAGAGUUGGAGAGAGUCCGCUCUGAUUUACUGAAUACUCAUUGCACUGUAGAAACAGCACAACCUCCUAUCAUAAUUCCUAUAGACUUGAGUGAAUUGGACAGUUUACCAGAACAGGUAAAGAAAAUAUUGUCCAUCACAGGUCACAUUGAUAUCCUAGUCAAUAAUGGUGGUGUUUCUCACAGAGGUACUGUUAUAUCCACCACUCUGGAUGUUGAUAUGAAAAUUAUGAUGGUAAACUAUUUUGGGGCUGCUGCUUUAACUAAAGCUGUACUUUCUGACAUGAUUAAAAGAAAGCAAGGCCACAUAGUUUUUGUCAGCUCUAUACAAGGACUUAUUGCCCUACCAGAAAGGUCAGCUUACAGUGCUUCAAAACAUGCAAUGCAGGCAUUUGCAGAUAGUCUCAGAGCAGAAGCUUCAUUACAUAAUAUUUCUGUAACUGUAGCUAGCCCAGGGUAUAUAAAAACAAAUCUGUCCAUUAAUGCACUAACAGGCUCAGGUGCUUCUUAUGGGCAAAUGGAUGCAACUACUGAGAAAGGUUAUAAGCCAGAGUAUGUAGCUGAACAGAUCAUUAAAGCAGUUGUUGAAAAGAAGAAUGAGAUUGUAAUUUCUACAAUCAUACCAAAGCUAGCAGUGUUUUUAAGAAAGUACUGGCCAAACAUUUACUUCAUUUUGAUGAAUCAAAGAGCUAAGAAGUCAUUGGCUUCAUAUUGAGCAUACAAUGUGUUAACAACAUGUUUGUGGUUUAAGGUGUAGUUUUAUUUUAUUUUUUAAUUAUUUAUUUUAUCAUGUGACACAAUUUUACCAAACUAGUUUUUAAAAUUAAAAUAAUCAUAUGAG